CCUUCACGCAUCCUUUUAAGCAUGGUGUAUACCUAUACUAUUCCAAGAGGACCCAUUGCUGCUAUGUAUAGCAGUCCCGGUCCAUGCUAUCCUUUACCUGGUUUAGUUGGAUAUAGUUUUCAUGACCCACGUUCGGUGCAUAACAAAGGUCCGCAGUGGUCUUUUGGAAUAAAACAUGGAAAAUUUCGAGACGAGUGCAGUCCUGGGCCUUGCUAUCUCCCAUCAACAAAAAUAUAUCGAAAUGGAAGGGAUGGAACACCUCAUUAUUCUCUAUAUAGUCGGCCAAGAGACAACACAUUAUUUGCUGUACCCGGUCCUGGUGCCUAUGCUCCAGAAAAAACUGUUAAUUUUGCCUAUACCAGAGCACCUGCCUAUGUUUUUGGGUUGCGGCAUAGACAAAGGAGUUUUGAUGACAAUCCUGGUCCAAACAAGUAUUGCUUGGAUCCAAUGUUGUGUAAAACAAUACGGAGUACUAAACCAGCUGCUCCAUGUUUCUCUUUAACUGGAAAGAGUAAAAUAGGUGGCUUUCAUGAAGAUCUCCAGAAAACUCCAGGUCCUGGAACAUAUACAGUUAUUGGUCCAGAUGUGAUUAAGGAUAAAAAUCCUCAAUAUAGUAUGACUAGUAGGCAUGAAAUGCCAGGUGAUACAACUAGGAAACCUGGCCCUGGGGCGUACUCUCCUGAACAGGUUAAAAACUAA